UACAAACUUUACAGCCAAUUCACAGUGCUAAGGCUCCCCCUUUCUCAACUCACCACAAAUUCACCGCAAUUGAAGCGAAAAUAUUUUCCGAAAGAAGAAAAUAAAGAAAAACAUCAGAAAAAUGCGUUUGUCGCUCAUUAGAAAUCUUAAAUUUGGUCCACAAGUAAAGGAAUUACGUCUUCAUUUAUGUCAGACAGGUCCUGAAUCACAAGGAGCUCGUGAAUUUGUACAGAAACACUAUGUGAAUAUCAAAAAGGAUAAUCCAAAAUUGCCGAUCCUUGUCAGAGAAUGUAGUGGCGUGCAACCACGAUUAUGGACAAGAUUUGAGCUUGGCAAGGAGAAAAGCGUUCCUUUGACUAAUGUAUCAGCUGAUGCGAUCCUAAAGAUGGUUGAGAACAUCAAAUAAGAUUGUCAUUUAGUGUUAUUAUAUUCAAAAUCAGUGAAAAUAAAUUAAUUAAUAAAAGAAGCUUAGAAAAUUGUUGUCAUUAGCUUAUUUGUCUGUAUGACACAAAUUUCAUCUCCAACCGUCAGAAUAAAUUUGAAUUAGGUUGCU